AUGCAAGUGUGUUGCGCGCAAGACGCAGCUCGUCAAGACCAUGAUAUCCUGGCCGGCUGCAUCCUUUGGUUGCCUAGGAGAGAUGAAAUUGAUGAGCACCUUCUCGUGGGUGCAGAUAUCGGUAAUGGCUGCUUCAAUCACCCUAUCGUUGUCUUAUCCGCCGAUCAAGUGGGCGGAAAGGCUACUGUACUUAUUCUUACUUCCUUUGAUGGCCAAGAUCUUGCAAAAAGACAUCCGGAGAACCGCCAUCUCCGCGACCACCACCUCCCUAUCUUUCCCAGUGCUGCACACCCUGAUAAUGGCAUCCUAUUGUCCCUCGACAGCGACCUUCAGCUCCGCAAAAAGUCCUACAUUAAGACGGAGGUUCAAGUUAUCAUUAAUGUGGCGUCCUUGAUCCCAUACAAUCGCACCGGUAAAAAGUACAAACUCCAGCAAAAAUCCUACCAUACAUUAGCAACAUACAUCAACUUCACGCCACCUACGGCAAAUCCUCGCCCGCGGCGCGACCUUUCCAAUCAAUUUUCCGUGUACUCUCCACCUUCGAGUCUCCCCAUACAUGCUGGCCCCCGCCCUUCCUCUCGGACAAUUCAACGAACGCCACCACAGAUACCACCAACCCGUUAUUACAGCCCGGUCACUUCUCAAGCGCCUGCCCCACCUCCAUCGUACCUGAUCCCCAUCGUCACCAACACACGCCAAGAUUCCCCGCUAUACAGCGUUCCUAGACGUGACAGGCGGACACCGCUACCGCCCUACACUCAUCCGUCUAGCACACCAUCGCCAUCAAAGCCGGAGCCGGGUUUCGAUAUUCUUGUAGCAUUCAUAUUUUCUCUGGUCUUCUUGGGUUUCCUGGGCGCUGUGAGCUAUGAGGGCUAUCGAGUUUUCCUUCGUGGAAGAUGGGCCUUGAGGGAGAUCAAAGGUAAAUGGAGCGAGGCUCAUGAGGUUUUGAUGAGAGCGAGACCUCUGGAGUAUAUCAAGGCGAUCUUUACAAAAUUCGGUCCCUGCGUUAUGAGGGAGAUGAAAGGGGAAUGGAGUGAUGCUUAA